CUCUCUGACUCCCACCAAGAGCUGCUGUGGCCACUGCCUCUCUCUGCAGGACGACCGCCUCACAAAACCUAUACGAUGUGUAACCGAUUUGUGGGAACCUGGAAACUCGUCUCUAGUGAAAAUUUUGAUGACUAUAUGAAAGAAUUGGGAGUGGGCUUAGCUACCCGGAAACUAGGUGGCCUGGCAAAGCCUGAUGUGAUCAUCAGUAUGAAAGGGGACAUAGUGACCAUCAGAACUGAAAGCACCUUCAAAAAUACAACCAUCUCUUUCAAACUGGGCCAGCAGUUUGAUGAAACAACAGCAGAUGACCGGAAAGUAAAGAGUGUUGUCACCUUGGAGAAAGGAGCAUUGGUGCAAGUGCAGAAGUGGAAUGGCAAAGAGACCACGAUAAAGAGAAGACUGGUUGAUGGCAAAAUGGUGGUGGAAUGUGCCAUGAAAGGAAUUGUGUGCACUCGAGGACAUGAAUUCUUGAGGCUAGGAAAGAUCCUGAACGUCAAAAUUUAA